UUGUAGGAAGUAAGAUCGAUAUGGCAGAUUAUGAAAAGAUAAGAGAAAUGAGGAUAGCACAAAACAAAAUGAAAAUGAAGGAAAUGGGAGUUACUACAAUGGCUAAUGAAUUAUUUCACCCAAAGAAAAUUAAAAAGAAAUCUAAGAAGGUGGUCGAAGGCACUGAUGAGUACACACCUAAUGACGAGGAGAACCAAUUGAGUGACGAGAAUGGCGUGGACUUAAGGAGAAAAACUAUAAACCUGAGGACCGGCUCAAAGAAGAAAUCACGGAGCAUCCUUCUAAAGAUACGAAUGAACAAGAGCUUCAACAGGAUGAUGGAAAUAAUGGCGGAUUAGAGUAGCAAGCAUGCAUGAUACUUUGAGAAGCAUGCAUACAUGGAUAAUGGAAUCGAAGAAUAAUGAAAAGAAUGACAUUAAGAUUGAUUUAGGUUUAUUUAAGGAGAAAUAUACAUAUUAUGAUCUUAUGAUUUCAUUUUCAGAUUAACUAUUAAUAUUGUGGAUGCAAUAGUAUGUUUUCGAUUGAGUAUACUCUUGGGGUCAUUUUUUACAAUGGUCGUUGAGUAUUUCUACUCGUUUAUAUCAAUGAUAUCAUUUUAUUUC